AUGUGGCCGGGAAUGGCACCAGAUACAAUUUCAGCAUCGCAAAAUCAGGUGGCCCAGCAGCCACCUGUUAGUGAAAUGCAAAUUUUGAUCGAUGAGAUGAGUGAGUUGGGUUUUGGGGCUCAAAAUUGAGCAUUUUUGAUGAAUUUUGAGCCGGAAACCAUGAAAAAUGCUCAAAAUUCAUGAAUUUUCACCCGAUUUUCCUUCAGGACUUCAAGAUUUCGAUUCAAUUCGCUUCGCAACAUACCGUGCUGCCUGCAAACUUCGAUUCAUCCAGCAAAAAACCAAAGUUCACCUGGUUGAUAUUUGGAAUAUGAUUGAGGCGUUUCGAGAAAACGGACUGAAUGCUCUUCCACUUCAUACUGUAGUGAGUUUGGGGGGCAUUGCUCAGAUUAUACUGAAAAAUUCAGAAAAUUUGGAUUCUAAGGGUUUUUGGAGCACUAAAAAUGAUGAAUUUUGAGCCAAGAUCUGAAAAAAUGAAAAUUAUUGCUCAUAUUAGCCAUUUUUUUUGGAAUUUUAUGAAGCAUUGCUCAGAUUAUACUGAAAAUUCACAAAAUUGGAUUCUGACGGUUUUUAGAGCACUAAAAAUGGAGAAUUUUGAGCUGAUCCAGAAAAAAUUCAAAAAUUUGUAGGACAUUGCUCAUGUUAGGUUUUUCUUGAGAUUUCUUAGGCAUUGCUCAGAUUAUACUAAAAAUUCAAAAAAUUUGGUUCUAGACCCUUUUGGAGCACUAAAAAUGAUGCAUUUUGAGCUGAUCCUGAAAACUUCCAAAAUUUUCUAGAACAUUGCUCAGAUUACCCAUUUUCUUGGAAUUUUAUGAAGCAUUGCUCAGAUUAUACUAAAAAUUCAAAAAAUUUGGAAUCUUUGGCUUUUUGGAGCACUAAAAUUGAUACAUUUUGAGCCAAGAUCUGAAAAAAGUAGAACAUUGCUCAGAUUACCCAUUUUCUUAGAAUUUUAUGAAGCAUUGCUCAGAUUAUAUGAAAAAUUCAAAAAAAUUGGAUUCUGAGGGUUUUUGGAGCACUGAAAUUAGUGGAUUUUGAGCUGACCCAGAAAAGUUCCAAAAUUUUCUAGAACAUUGCUCAUGUUAGCUUUUUUCUCUGUAUUUUUCAGGCAUUGCUCAGAUUAUAUGAAAAAUUCAAAAAAUUUGGAUUCUAGCACUGAAAUUGAUACAUUUUGAGAAAAAUUUGAAUCAUUGCUCAUAUUAACCCUCACUCAUUUCCAGAUCAAAACCUCUCGUGCCGAACUUCUCCUAACUACCGUAUUCCACAAUUUGAACAAGAGAUUGGUCUCUUCGCAACACGUGGAUACAGAUGGAUCAAUUUCCCUAUUAUUGGCGUUUUUGCUGGGCGCUUAUGACAAGUUAGUACAAUUUUUGCUGAAAAUCGCUGAAAAUCCGGCCAGGAAGUGUUUUUUGACUGGAAAUUUUUAGAAAAUCGUGAUCUACGUGAAAAUCUACCCCGGAAACCAUACCGAAUUCAAAAAAAUACGACAUGGCCUAACUUUUCACCUGAUGGCCUAGAAAUCCAAAAAACUCGGCCACGCGUCUAAAAAAUCUCGCGACAACUUCCAGAUAGUCUAAUUUUUCACGUAGAUCACGAAAAACAACACGAAAUUUCUAAAAAAUCACCUAGUGGCCUAGAAAUCCAAAAAACUCGGCCACGCAUCGAAUUUUGAGCUAGAAACUCGGGAGAAAUUUGUCUAGACCUAAUUUUUCACGUAGAUUUUUAAAAAAUCACCACGUUUUCAGGCAAAACACGGGAAGAUUGACAGUUUUCUCAAUAAAAAUUGCGUUGGCAACGUUGUGCGCUGGAAAACUGGUCGACAAGUUACGCUAUAUCUUCUCGCAAAUCGCAGAUGCGCAAGGAUUCAUGGAUCACACCAAAUUCAUCGAUUUUCUCCAACAAAUCCUCGCGUUGACCACUGCGGUUUUUGAAGCACCAACUUUUGGUUUCAGCGAAAUUGCGGUGGCUCAGUGCUUUCAAAAAGAUGAAAAAGUGAGUUCCCGUGUAGAUUUUGAUGCAAAAUUCAUGUUUUUAACCCAAUUUCAAUUUCAGGUCAGUUUGAACGUGUUUUUGGACACUUUUUUGACGGAUCCUUGCCCACCGUGUAUUAUGUGGCUGCCAUUGUUACACAGGUUAGUUUAA